AUGCUAUAUGCCGACGAUGCCGGCGUUGUGUCGAAGUCCGCCGACGGCCUGGCGAGGAUGAUGACCAUUAUCGUGGAGGUGAACGACUCGAUCUCGCUAUGUACCGCUUCGCCUCCCGAACACGCAAAAACUAAACAGGUGAAAUACAGAUGGGCUUUUUUACCAGCUCUGAAAAAAAAAAACACCAGCUCAUUUUCACCUGUUCAGCGCGGCGCAAUAGCCGAACUGGUGUUUUUUUGGGCCGGACUGGUGAAAAUCGCUGAACUGGUCUUUUUUGAGUCAGCGGGGAAACCCAGAAGUAGGUGUGGUUUGUGCGGACAUACCGCAGCGGGUAUCGCCUCCUCGGCCGAUCAGCGUAUAUACUUUAAGUGGAAGGGACGUGUGUGGGCCAACUCUUUCCAAGUGCUCAGCGACGAUAGAACCCAGGACAACGCGUGGGCGCAGGAUGUCAUGUUUAAGCUUAUGACGGAGCAUGUCCCCGUCUUGAUGCGGAAACUAGGCGCUCCCGCCAUGGUGCGAGCGAUUUUUUUCACGGAUAACUGCGCGAAGCGGUUCAAGUGUAGGCUUCAUUUCGGCUGGCUCGCUUCCCACGAGGUGAUAAUUCGCGAUAUCAACGGCGAGUCUACCAACGUACCAGUGCAUGCCGAGCAUCACUACUUUGGGAGUUGCCACGGGAAAAGCGUCCAGAGCCCCAGACACCUCUGUACCCUGCUGGGUGAAUCGGUGGACUUCAUUCUUGAGGAGCCGACCAAAGAAGAGAUGACCUUUGAAGCUUCCAGGACAAGCAGCAGUGGUGGAGAUCAGUUGCUGGUGACGACGGUGUGGGGGAGCGAAAGCAGAUGCAAAGAGGGGAAGACUUUUCUGGUCACGAAGAAGCCGAACACGCUCCUGGGCAGAAAGCACAUCUUCCAAGCCGCAGGCGACAUUUUGCAUGCAGUUCGUUCCGCCUCUCGCUCCGAAUUGAAGGCGAUCAAGGUCGAGGGAUGCCAAGCCAACAGCAAAAUCGUAGCCACCGAAACACCAGGCGUCGUGGCUACCUACACCCUUGAAGUUUCACGACGGACCGUGGGAAGUAGUUGUUUUUGUUGUGAACUCUGCAGAAAAGGAGAAACGGAGAAGUGCAACCUGUUCCGCGAAGGCAUCAUGGAGGCACCAGCAGAGUGGUCCCGGCGACGAAGCAACGAUGACGAGGAGACCACAAAAAAGAGGGAGAUCGAACUCAUGUUCACUCGAAUGAGGAACCCUCUACCAUAUGGAUCAGUCGCCCUGAUGCGUGUUCGCCCAGAGCAGUACCGAGGCCAGGACAUAGUACCAAUUUUCAUCGGUCGCAAGGCUCCGUCCGACUACACAAGUAGCUUUGCGAAGGAUGGCAUGUUUUCGGAAGGCGAUGUUAUGGUGUGGAUUCACGACGUCUUUAGCCACGUACGGAGCGUAGAGUAUGACGUGCCUAAUGUUCUUCCAGUUGACGAAAACAGAGCGAUCCCGCUCACCUCUCUAGCAGGGCUAGGCCAGGGAAUAGAGGGGUACAUGGAGGAAGUGUCCAGAGCAUCUAGGACAAGUUUGACCACAAGAUAUCGAAUGCGUCGUGACGUUGUAGAGGGUGCUCUCUCCAAGCUGGUCGUCAUGUCAAAGCGUCCACAAGAUGCUUUCGUUGAUUGCCGGCCCGCAAAAAUGCGAAAAAUUGACCGUAGGCGGGCCCACGUUCAGCCUAGCCUUGUUGAAGCGGGUGCAAUAGUGGAGAAGGGGUUCAAAGCUCCACCACAGGGGAGGGAUACAGCGUGGAGAGGUUUGAGAGUGAUUCAGGCAAAGGUUGUCGACGUAAUAUCGUCCCUCUAA